AUUAUAGAUAGAAUAUAUCUGUGGAAAUGAUCUGUACAUUAUUAAUGGGCCCUGAGGCACAUGUAUUGUAACUCUUGCCUAUCCCUAUUUAAUGGGAGCUUUCUAUGCAGUGAUAAUAUGCCAAUUCCCUAAAACACGUUAUCAGCACUGCUCAUAAUGGCCACUCUCUCUCUUUUCUCCCGCAGAAGCCAGCUAAAAUAUUAGCCCAUCCCCUGCUUUUAUUUUUGGCUUGGUCUCCUGGUGUCCCAUCUGCAUCUCAGUUGGUACUCAGUCCUCAGCCUACCGUUCAAAAACUACUCGCAGAUCCACAGCCGACACAUCUGCUCAAAGCUCCGGUUGACAACAUCAGCAGCAUCGCCUCAGCCAUAGACGCCUCUCUCCACCGGCUCUUCCGACACGGUAGUUCACCCUUCCAGUGCUAAACCGACACCUCUGUUCUUUGAGAAGAUGGCUGACCAACCUCGACCCGAGUUUGACAUUUUGGACUCAGAAGGACUUGAGUACCAUCGAUGGGUUUCUGAUGUAGAAACCACAUUUGUGGCCAAAGACUACUCCACCACCCUCCUUGACCCCGAAAAUUGCAAAGACAACGCACCGUCUGAAAAAAUGAAAGCUGCCGCCUUAAUGUUUCUUAGGCGUCACAUUGACCCAAGCCUACGUUGGGAGUAUCUCCAAUUGAAAACUCCCAAAGAAUUAUGGGAUGCCCUCCAAGGGCGUUUUGGGAACAUACAUGAUACACUGCUCCCAGAACUCACUGUGCAGUGGAACGAAAUUCGCUUGGUUGACUACAAAAAAGUCAAUGAUUUCAAUAAGGAUAUGCUCCGUCUAGAGGCACGACUCAACUUUUGUCAAAAAAUAAUCACAGAAGGUGAAAUGAUUGAAAAGACACUUUCCACAUUUCCUACCUCAGCACUUAUACUGGCAAACCAGUAUAGGUUGGAGUAUAAUAACAAAAGAAUAACGACAUACAAUCAAUUAAUUGUCCAACUCCAAGUGGCAGAAAGGCAUAAUGAAGUUCUUUUGAACAAUAAUGCUAGACCAAUCGGGACAAAGAAAAUUCCCGAGGCCCACUAUGGCAAAAUGAGUGGUGGAAAGAACCCCAAUGUAAAGGGGGAAGGACGUACCAAUCCUUACUCCCAUGGACAAAAUUCCCAACGUGGGAGAGGUCGUGGCAAUCGCGGUGGUCGCGGUGGUCGCGGCGGUCGUGGCAUGGCCCGAGGAGGAUCUUCCAAAGUAUGGAGAAGAGAUGUGGGUGCUGGCUCUAAUAGUCAAGGAAGUAAGGCACCCACAAAACCUCCGGUCAAACGGGAAAGAGCUGGUGAAGAACCUUGUUUCAGAUGCGGAACUCCUGGACAUUGGUCCAAGCAUUGCCAAGCUAGCAAUAAAGUCGCAGCCGCAUACAAGAAGUACCGAGAGUCUAAGGAACAGGAAUCUCACUGUGUUAUUGAAGAAGAAAAUGAGGUUGAUGCCAACCUCACUAUUGCUGACUUUAGUGGAAAGAAAAACACCGCUCAGUCAAUUGAUGCACCAGACUUUGAUUAAGUCACUUUAAUUCCUUUGCUGUUUUAUGAUGGACAUUUAUGAAUUUCCGAACUCAUGUUUUCGUAUUUGUUUUAUGUUGGACGUUGUGUGCUUG